AUGAGUGUUGUAGGUGUCGAUUUCGGUACCCUCAACACGGUUAUUGCCGUCGCAAGAAAUCGAGGUGUCGAUGUUAUCUCAAAUGAGGUUUCCAACCGAGCAACACCCUCUCUGGUUGGCUUCGGCCCAAAGUCUCGAUACCUCGGCGAGGCUGCCAAGACACAGGAAAUCUCCAACCUUAAGAACACCGUUAGCUCCCUAAAGCGUCUCGCCGGCCGUACAUUCAGCGAUCCCGAUGUCCAGAUUGAGCAGCAGUUCGUGUCGGCGCCGCUGGUCGACGUCAACGGCCAGGUCGGCGCUGAGGUCUCAUACUUGGGCAAGAAGGAGAAGUUCUCGGCCACCCAGCUCGUCGCCAUGUACUUGAGCAAGAUCAAGCAGACCACCCAGAACGAGAUCAAGCUCCCCGUUUCAGACAUUGUCAUGAGCGUCCCCGCCUGGUUCACCGAUGUCCAGCGCCGCAGCCUGAUCGAUGCCGCCGAGAUCGCCGGCCUUAAGCUCCUCCGCCUCAUGAACGAUACCACCGCUUCGGCUCUGGGCUACGGUAUCACCAAGCUCGACCUGCCUUCCGGUGACGAGAAGCCUCGCCGUGUUGCCUUCAUCGAUGUUGGUCACAGCAACUACACCUGCUCGAUUGUCGAGUUCAAGAAGGGCGAGUUGGCCGUCAAGUCUACUGCUUUCGACCGACACUUUGGUGGCCGAAACUUCGACAAGGCCCUGGUCGACCAUCUGCAGAAGGAGUUCAUCGGCAAAUACAAGAUCGAUAUCUUCUCAAACCCCAGAGCUGUGGCCCGAACACUGGCCGCCGCCGAGAAGCUGAAGAAAAUCCUAUCCGCCAACCAACAGGCUCCUCUCAACAUCGAAUCUCUCAUGAACGACAUCGAUGUGCGAGCUAUGAUCACCCGCCAGGAGUUCGAGGCCUUGGUUGAGCCGCUACUCGUCCGCGCCACUGUCCCUCUCGAGCAGGCUCUCGCCGAUGCGAAGUUGACCAAGGACGAUAUCGAUGUCAUCGAGGUCGUUGGCGGUGGCUCGCGUGUGCCCGCCGUCAAGGAGCGUAUCCAGGCUUUCUUCGGCAAGCCUUUGUCGUUCACGCUGAACCAGGAUGAGGCUAUUGCCCGCGGUUGUGCCUUCAGCUGUGCUAUCCUGUCUCCCGUCUUCAAGGUCCGAGAUUUCGCCGUUCAGGACAUCGUCACCUACCCGAUCGAGUUCGCGUGGGAGAAGGCCCCUGAUAUUCCGGACGAGGACACGAGCCUGGUUGUCUUUAAUAAGGGCAACGUUCUCCCCUCCACCAAGAUCCUCACUUUCUACCGCAAACAGCCUUUUGAUCUCGAGGCUCGCUACGUCAAGCCCGAAGACCUCCCUGGCAAGAUCUCACCGUGGAUUGGCCGCUUCUCCGUGAAGGGUGUCAAGGCUGGUGGCGGUCAGGAAGACUUCAUGAUCUGCAAGCUGAAGGCCAGGGUUAAUAUCCACGGUGUUCUGAAUGUAGAGAGCGGCUACUAUGUUGAGGACCAAGAGGUUGAGGAGCCUGUCGAGGAGGAGAAGAAGGAGGGCGACAAGAAGGACCCCGAUGCAAUGGACACGGACGCGAACAAGGAGGAGAAGCCUAAGACACGCAAGGUUAAGAAGCAGGUGCGCAAGGGCGAGCUCCCCAUCGUGAGCGGCACACACUCCCUGGACGAGUCGGCGAAGAACGCUGCCACCGAGAAGGAAGCCGCCAUGGUCAUGGAGGACAAGCUGGUCGCCGACACCGAGGAGAAGAAGAACGAGCUCGAGACCUACAUCUACGAGCUGCGCAACAAGCUGGACGACCAAUAUGCCGAGUUCGCCAGCGACGAGGAGAAGGAGAAGAUCCGCGCGAAGCUGGAUGCGUCAGAGGACUGGCUCUACGAUGAGGGUGACGAUGCCACCAAGGCCGUCUACAUCGCCAAGAUGGACGAGAUCCGCGCUCUCGCCGGCCCCGUCGUCCAGCGUCACUUCGAGAAGGUCGAGGCUGAGCGACAAGCCAUUCAGGCCAAGAUCGAUGCCGAAAAGGCCGCCAAGAAGGCUGCCGAAGAGGAGGCCCGGAAGGCUGCUGAGGCCGAGAAGGCCGCAAAGGCCGCUCAGGAGGCGCCGAAGGACGAGGAGAUGACCGACGCGGACGCGGCCCCCAAGGCUGAGGUUGAGGAGGUUGAGUAG